AGCAGUCGCGCACGGAGUUGCGCCGAUCCCGGACUCAUAGUGCGUGUUUUGUCGAAUCGCUCUUAUUCAGCCUCUGCGUGACCUUAAACUCGCGCGCUCGCGCCUUGGCCGGUAUUCCCCAGUAGUGUGCAUGUGUGUUCUCGGCCUACGCCGACAGCCUACUCUCGCUGCAGCCGAUCGUCGCGAGCGAGUCUCUCCGCGCAAGGCUUGGCCCAUUUCGGAGUAGUAAUAAGGCGUCGCUCCGCUGCCGGCAGACGCACAUCGCCAGGCAAAAUUCCGUCGCAAAGAUGGACUGGUCACCUUGGCCCCUGCUGCUGCUCUUCUGCGGCCUGACUAGCGGACAAUCAAGGUACUACUCGAUCGUCGCGCCGAGAGUCGUCCGACCGAAUUCCGAGUACCAUGUAGCUGUGAGCAUCGUCGGCGUGUCCGAGCCCACCACCACCUUCGUCGAGCUGUCCGGCCAGCUGGACAGCGGGGAGUCGUUCGCCGUGUCCGAGAACAUCAUCGUCGAGCCCUACGCCACCAGAGUCUUGUCUCUCGAGAUCGGCGAUACGGGACCGGGCAGGUACCGGCUUCUGGCUCGAGGUAUCUCCGGCUACGAGUUCGUCAACUCGACGGAGCUCGACUACGCGCACAAGAGCUACUCGGUCUUCGUCCAAACGGACAGGUCUGUCUACAAGCCCGGCAGCAAGAUACAGUUCCGUUGCAUCGUCCUCGACUCCAGGCUCAGACCCACUGCCAACCGGCAGCUCGAGAUCUACAUUACGGACGGCCAAGGCAACAGAAUAAAACAAUGGGAGCGGCCGCGGUUGCAUCAGGGCAUAUUCAACGGCGAGCUGGAGCUGUCCCAGUCACCGGUUUUGGGCGACUGGGAGAUCGUCGCCGAGAUCGGCGGCCAGACCUUCAAGAAGGCUAUCCAAGUGGCCGAAUACGUUCUGCCCAAGUUCGAGGUGACCAUCGACUCGCCCCCGCACGCGACCUUCAAGGAAGGAAAGAUCACCGUGCUCGUGCACGCCAAAUACACUUACGGAAAGCCGGUAAAGGGCGAAGCCACGAUCACCGCUUUCCCCGACAUUUACUCGGGAGUACUGCAGCCGAUCUACUCGCCGCCCAUAAGGAAGACCGUAAACAUCGACGGCAAAACCACCGUGGACUUCGACAUCGCCAACGAUCUCAAGGUAAAGGAUGACGACUACAAGCGGCCGGUAGUGAUCGAGGUCGCCGUGGAGGAAGCCGUCACGGGAAGAAGACAGAAUAACUCCAUGCAAAUAACCCUUCAUAAGCACAAGUACACGAUGGAGCUACUGAGAACCGCCGAGUAUUAUAAGCCCGGACUCAAGUACACCGCCUUUUUGAAAGUGACUUAUCACGAUGGCUCGCCUGUGGUCGAUAACACGAACCCUGUGCAUAUAUCCUACGGUUACACCUACAACUCCGAAGAUUUGCACAACAUUACUAGGAUGCUGGACAAGAAUGGCAUGGUCGAACUGGACUUUUACCCGCCGCUGUCAAUGCCGGACAAGAUUUUCCGACCUCUCAGGAUAGAGGCGCAAUACCUGAACCUUCACGAAUGGUUCCCAUCGACCAACCCGGCCACGUCUCGAAGCGAGUCGUACAUCCAAGCGAUGCUUCGUACGGACAAGCCCAAGGUUAACGAGUACGUCGAAAUCGAAGUGAAUUCAACACACCCACUGAAGUAUCUCAGUUACCAAAUUCUUGGACGUGGCGAUGUGCUCAACGCCGCCUCGAUACAAAUCUCCGAUCGUUACACUGCGACGUUUAAAUUUCUGGCUACGUACGUCAUGGCUCCGAUCGCUCACGUGGUAGUCUACUACGUAAGGGAAGACAGCGAAUUGGUCGCAGACUCCUUGGACGUGGAACUGGAGGGAACCUUGCAAAACUUUGUUGACAUUAAGCCGGUAUCGGAUGAAGUCGGACCUGGAGACAACAUCGACUUGACGAUAACCGCCAAGCCGAACUCGUACGUCGGUCUUCUAGGUGUCGAUCAGAGGUCCCUUCUGCUGAAAUCCGGCAACGACAUCACCUACGAUCAAGUGCGCAAAGAGCUGAUGUCGUACGACGUGAAUGACGCGGCUUUCUACGACCAAGAAGAUUACGAGCAUUCAUGGAUCAGACCUGGCUCAGCGAAUGCUGAUGAAGUUUUCCGCAAAACUGGUACCGUCGUCCUGACCAACGGCUACGUCCACAAGAAUCCUCAACUGAUAUACUACCGAAAUAGUCUGGAUUCAGUGAUGUUUUCCGCCGCCGUAAGUGAGAGUGCGGCCACAUACUCCCCCGAAGCCCUGAAAGUUCGCAAGAAUUUCCCCGAAACUUGGAUCUGGGAGACGGUCGACAUGCGGUACGAGGGAAAAACUGUGAUCCGAAGAACGGUACCGGAUACCAUUACGUCUUGGGUUCUGACUGGUUUUUCAGUCGAUCCUGCUUUUGGACUGGGUCUGAUCGAAGCUCCCAGAAAGCUGAGAGUAUUCAAGCCUUUCUUCCUGUCAAUGAAUCUGCCUUAUUCCGUGAUCCGAGGAGAAAUCGUCGCGAUUCCAAUCGUUGUCUUCAACUACAUGAGCAAAGACUUGAACGUCGAAGUCGUGUUGGAAAAUAAUGGAGACUUUGAGUUCGCGGAAGUAUCUAACGAAGUUCACGACAACACCAAACGUUUGGAGCUGUACAGAACGAAAAAAAUAUUCGUUAAAGCCAACUCAGCAGAAAGUGUUGCCUUCAUGAUUGUUCCCACGAAAUUGAAUCAUAUUACGAUUAAGGCUAAAGCAACAAGCGUAAUGGCCGGUGAUAGCGUUGAAUAUCCUCUUCUUGUCAAGGCUGAAGGAGAGACUCAGUACAGGAAUAAAGUAGUUUUCGUUGAUCUGAGGGAUACAGAUUCAAUGAAGACAAACGUUACCGUGGAUAUCCCGAAACACUUUGUUUCGGAUUCGGAAUAUGUCGAGGUGUCGGCCGUAGGUGACAUCUUGGGACCAAGCAUACCCAACCUCUCGAAACUGAUAAAAAUGCCAUUCGGAUGCGGUGAACAAAACAUGCUUAACUUUGUGCCAAAUAUUGUGAUUUUAGAUUACUUAAAGAACACAAAUCAAUUAUCCCCAGCAAUAGAGAGUAAAUCUAUCCGUUAUCUCGAGACUGGAUACCAACAAGAAUUGACGUACAGGCAUACAGAUGGAUCCUUCAGUGCUUUUGGAAAAACCGAUCCAAGUGGUAGCACAUGGCUCACAGCGUUCGUCGCAAAAUCUUUCAAGCAAGCCGAGAAGUACAUCACGGUGGAGGAAAAAAUUAUUGCGGACGCACUGAAAUGGCUUGCCGAAAAACAAGCGCCUAACGGAAGUUUUCCGGAAGUUGGAACCGUCAGUCAUCGUGAUAUGCAAGGCGGAGCGGCCAAGGGUCUCGCUCUAACGGCUUACGUACUCAGCGCGUUUCUAGAAGUCGAGAACAUCGAGGGUCGGUACCGUAACGUGAUUUACAAGGGAGUGGACUACGUGGUGCGUAACAUGCAGGGCAUCGACGAUAACUACGCUCUGAGCAUCUGCACGUACGUUCUGAGCUUAGCGCGGAAUGCCUACGAGGACGAGGCUUUCAGACUACUGGAUUCCAAAGCCACGACCAAGGACGAGCAGAAGUGGUGGAGCAAGCCGAUACCCGAGGAUGACAAGAAGAAUCCCUGGUUCUCGCUCUCGAGGACGGUCGACGUCGAGAUGACUUCCUACGCGCUGUUGGCAUAUCUCAGAAGGAAUCAAUUGUCUGAUGCUGCGGCUAUCAUGAAGUGGCUUGUUAAGCAGAGGAACGCUGAGGGCGGAUUUGCCUCUACGCAGGAUACUGUUGUUGGAUUGUAUGCUCUGGCGAAAUUGGGCGAAAAAUUAAGAACGAAUGUGUAUGACGUACAAGUGAGGAUAACGACUGACGUCGGAGAAUCCAAGGAAAUUAACAUUAACUCUAGAAACUUCAUGAUUGUGCAAAAACACUUGCUUCUCAGUAGAACACGCGCGAUCAACAUUACUGCAACCGGAACUGGCUUCGCUCUUGUGCAAGUCGCGUCUCGCUAUAAUCUCAAUGUAACCGGAGCAUUUCCACUUUUCACUUUAGAUCCUCAGGUCGACAAGAUUUCUACCAAUGACCACCUGCAACUUUCGAUCUGUUCUGGAUUUAUCCCAACAAAAGAAGCUAAUGAGAGCAACAUGGCUGUUAUGGAAGUCAGCUUUCCAUCAGGUUUUACCGUUGAUCAAGAUGCUUUGCCAAGUUUAGAGUUGUCGCAGAAUGUCAAGAGAGUAGAAACUAAAAACGGCGACACGAUGGUCGUUUUGUACUUUGACAAGAUGGUCCACGAUAAGUCAUACUGUCCAACCGUUUCCGCUUAUAGGACGCACAAAGUAGCCAAGCAGAAGCCAGUUCCUGUAUCAAUUUACGAUUACUACGAUUCAUCGAGGCGAGCGCGAGUAUUUUACGAACCAAAGAUGACGACGCUCUGCGAUAUUUGCGAGGACGAGCAAUGCGGCGACGUUUGCAGCAUAAAGGCCGGCAAGCGCGAAGACGGAACCUUGCCAUCUGUCUCUUCCAGCUCAACAACUCUCGGGAACUUCGCGCUUAUCCUCGCGUGCGCUUAUUAUAUCGCCCUGAACUCUCGCCGUUAGGUUCUGUUAUUUCAGAAGUCGCGAAAAUUUUUAAUACAGAUCAAUAUUGUAAAUUGUUUUUUUUUUUCGAACAAAAUUAUUAUGAAAAUCGAAUAACUGGACGAUUUCAAAAAUUUUCUUCUAAAAAAAUAUGUAUAUUUUUAUAUUAUUGUUGAGGGUAUUAUAUUUUGUUGUACGCGACAUACGCAUUAUUUAUUGUUAUUGAAAGCAAUAUUUAUUUAUAAGUGUAAACUCACGCGGCGUUAUGUAAAACGAGUCGUAACCAAAGUGCUUCUUAUUUAUGCCAGAGAUUGUACAAAAAUAUUCUUGGGAUAGCAAACGUUUGUAGACUUGCCAAUGAGCUUGAAAUCGCUACGAGGACUUUAUUAGGAAAACGUUAAUUAAUGAUGCUUGAUUUUAUUAUGAGUAAUAUAUUACAGUCCUAACUAAUACACAUCAAAUUAGAAAUUCGUUAAGUAAAAUAUGAUUUAGUUAUGAUGCGUUUACAGGUAUAUGUAUAUUGUAUCUUUGUAUGUAUUUAAAGAUGUUUUUAAUGUUUAAUCAUCGUAAUAAAAUAGUGAUAAUAUUUUUA